GCUGAGGCGGUGUCGUUUUGACGGCUCCCGCCGCUUGUUUGGCGCUAAGCGGGACUGGGGCUCUGCCCCAACGGCGGCUUCCAGGUUUCUUUCUUGUUCCGCCGUUGGUCCCCGAAAACGGGCUCAAUUGGAGUCCUUGCAACGAGGGAUGGAGGCGCAGAGUGUGGUUUUGCUCGGUUGGUGGUUUUGCUCGCUCGCCUCUCCUGCGCCGCCGGAGAAAAGAUCGAUUUGAGGCAGGGCUUGAGGGUAAUUUAUUUACCUUCUGCCCUGCAGAGCAUUCCUUGGAUUUAAUGCCUGUGCAAAAGGGAAAGAAUGAGCGUUUAACAGCAGCUCCGAGAGCGGACUGCAUGCAUUUAUGGCUUAAUUUUCGGUGCUUAAAAGAUCAAAAGGCAAGGAAAGAGAAGAGAGGAAGAAGAGGGAAGUAGGGAAGAGAAGAAAGGGAGAAAGAAGGUAGAGAAGGAGGAGUGUGGAUACAGUGAAAGGGGAAAUGGGCGAGCCAACACCAAAAGUCAUUGUGAAACAUUUAUUGGAUUUGCCUUGGGAAGACAUCUUAUUCCCUCGUGUUCUUCCACACCUUCCUCUGAGACAGCUUUUGAGCCUGCAAAGAGUCAGCAAGUGUUUCCAGAAUCUAAUUCAGCUUUACCUUACCAACCUGCGCUGUUUUGAUUCUAGUCAGGUUGGAUCUCCUAUCCCAAAAGCUGCAUUCUGUAUCCUAUUAAGAGACAAUAAAGUGCUGCAGCAACUAGCCUUGCAAAACUGUUCUGACUGGUUAUCCGACAAGGAACUGCUUCCUGUAAUUGGUCAAAACCAUCAGUUGCAACAGAUUGAGCUGAAUGGCUGCCUACAGCUGAGCCGCCAUGCUUUGGUGGCCAUCUCUUUGGGCUGCCCCAAUUUACGUCAGCUUUCCUUGGCCCAUUGCGAAUGGGUGGAUGGACUCUCCUUGCGGAGCCUCGCCGAUCACUGUAAAGAGCUUGAAUCUCUAGACCUCACAGCCUGCCGGCAACUGAAAGAUGAAGCCAUUUGCUACCUUGCUCAGAGAUGCCACAAACUAAAGUCACUUUCACUGGCUGUUAAUGCAAAUGUUGGCGAUGUGGCCAUAGAAGAAAUUGCCAAAGCCUGUUCUGAUCUGGAGCACUUGGACCUCACGGGCUGCCUACGAGUUAAGAACAACUCUAUUAGGACCUUGGCAGAAUACUGCCCUAAACUGCGUGCCUUGAAGGUGAAGCACUGUCACAAUGUUGCGGAAUCCAGCCUGAGCAUCUUGCGUAGCCGUGGAGUGGAGUUGGAUGUUGAACCUCCAUUUCAACGUGCCCUAGUUCUCUUACAGGAUGCAGUGGGCUUUGCCCCGUUUAUUAAUCUUCAGAUCUAAUGAAAAGAAAAUAUUGGAAAUUGACUCUGGGUAAUCCCACAAAGUUUAAAAGCCUGAGAUUUCACCUUUAUCGUUGUGAACUGGGUCUGUUUUGAGCCAUUAAUUCCUCAUGUGGAAGUCUGUAUUGAAAAAAACAAACAGUAUGCAUUCGCAUGAAACUUAUAAUUUCCAGCUUCCAUGAUUGGUGCUUCUCAUUAAUUGGUCUACCUGUCUGUUCUUAAAGAUAUUCUAGAGAUUGAUUUGAACUCACUUGCUACUGUAAAGUAGCUCCAAGCCAUGGCAUUGUUCAAUCUGUUAUCCGGCGACUUUUUCGUAUGGAACUUGACAAAUCUGUUUGGAAAUACCGUGGGAAGAUUUAAAGACUCCUUGGAGGCCAAGAGAUGGGCAACACAAUAAUCUUCCUGUUGUUUUGAAUUGAAUGCUUGUGGAAUACUACUGCAUCUAUUUAGGGUUGCUACUAUUUUUUGGCUUUGUAGUUCUUUUUAGGGUUAAAAGGAAGAUAAUUUUAAAUCAAGCUUGAAGUCUUGGUAACCGUGUGGACACAGCCAUGCAGUGUUAGUACAUAAGUAUUGAGGUGGAUUGCCAUUGUUUUUUGGGACAUUUUGACUUUCCAGUCAUAUCUAUAGUCCUAAUAUUCCAAGUAUUAAUUAGACUCAAUUCUGCAUAGCAGAACUGUGCAAAACAUUUCAAAUUGAACUGUUCCUCAUUGAAACAUGUUUCAGCUAUGAAGCACCUUGCCUUGAAUGAGAAGUACCUAAUCUGAGUAAUUUGGAAGUGUUUCAAGCUCAAAACAGUUGUUUUAUGUGUGAAAGUCUGUUGUGUCAAGACAGUUCAGUUCAAAAUGUUCUGUAUAUCUUUUCUUAGUUUCUGAGCCUAAACAUAGUCAGAAUUACAGAACAGAUGGAUUAUCAUACUGAUAUCCACAAAAUUGUUCCCUCUGAAAGACAAAGAUGGUAAUUAUGCGUAUAGAAGGAAUUACUAUAACUAAUAUUCAAAUGACUGGAAAACCAUUGGAAAGUUCCUGUUGAAAGAAAGCAUAUUUCAUAGUAAUUUAUAUGAAUAUGGUUAAAUUAUACAUAAAGCCUUGUAGAUCAGCAAAAGUACUCUGUUAGCAGUUGUAGGUCUUCUGAAUGCAGAAGAUAGGUUUUCAAAAUUGUUUAUAUAAGUUAAGGGAAUCCUAAUAUGUUAGAUAAGUAAGAAGCUUAAUGCCUUACUUCUUGGCCAGUAACUAAUAAAUCAAGUACUUCCUUGAGAAUACACAGGGCUAAGUCAAAUAACUCAGUGUAGCUCGCUUUUCUUGUCUGGCUUAAUAUUGAUCUAUGUUACAUUCUUCUUUUUAUUUAUAACAUUCUCCUUUUGAACUAACCUGUUUCUCAGUAAAAUAUUACCAAUUUUGUGGAUUGUAGACAUAAAGGGUUCAUAAUAAUAAGUCUCAAAGUAUGUAUACAGUCAGCUAUGUUAAGCUGUCUGAUUUAUCUCUAUAUUAUUUUUGGGGAAUUUACAAAGUCAGAAUAUCUUUUCUGUGUGAUUGAAUCUGUGAUUGAAUCUGUCAAUUAAAAGCAAAUUUUAUUUCUCUCACCUUAGUAAGAGGCAUAAGGCCAGUACCAUAGAAUAGUUGUGUAAUCCAAACACAUAUGAGGUAUGCUUCCAAUUUGAAUACUGUGCAGAAAAUAGUAUGUAUUUUAAUUCUCAAAAGAUUGGGAAUGGAAUACAUAUAUGUCAUUGCCUCAAACCUACGCUAAAUAAUUCAGUGUAGACAGGGGUCUUGUUUGUGUAUUGUCUCUUACUUAAUGGGUAUUAUAAAAACUAUAAAAGUAGAACUAUAAAAGUAGAACUGCACGCUCUUUUGAGAAGGUUAUACUACGCAAGGAUUUUUCAUCAGAUAAUUGCAGCUUGUUAAAUUACACGUUAUUUUGCUUAAUGUUACCUUCUUUGCAGUCAUAAUUCUCAGAGGUUGGUGAGUAUGAAUACAAUUCAUGAAAGUGAAAUUUGACAAGUUGGAGUAUGUUAGAUCAGAUUAUUUUUUUUGAGUUACUAACUUAUGACUUCUAUUUUUCCCAGUCUAUCAAUGAUAUUUAAAAGAUGGAAUUGAAUCAUGAAAUUUAAGACAUUAUUAGAAAACAAACUUUUGUUUAAAUCAAGUUUAAGCAUGGUACUGAUUAUCUUUUUGCUUAAGAUAAUUCAUUAAAUAGAAAAUAUCCCUUGGAAAUUAAAAAAAAAAAGUCUAGUGAAGUGUUGUUGGUAGAAAUGAAUGAUCCCAGUUAAACGCAAUGCUAUUACAGAUUCUCUGCUGGCAGAGCCAGAGCUACAAUUUAUAAUUUAUGCCAUUGUACUUGCCUAAUAAAUAUGAUUUAGUGUAUUUUGUCUACAUUUGAAGGUUUUUUUGCUAUAGUUUUUAUUAUUAUUAUUAAAUUUAUUUGCCACCCAUCUCGAGAUAGGGCUACUCUUGGCAGCUUAUAACAAUAACAAACGAAGAAAUAAAAAGUAAGUUUAAACAAAGCUAAAGUAAAAUAAUAGAACCAUAAAAUAAACCAAGAAAAAGUAUGCAGAGAAAAUAUAUCAAUAUGACUAGUUAAAAAUACAUGGGCAAGUGAGGGGCAGAGUAGGGUGGGUGGGGGGAGAGGUCUGCUGUCAAUCUAAAUAGCCACCUCCAGAAUAGAACUUUCCCAUUGGGUACCCAGGCCAACUUGCAGAGCCAGUUCUUUCGGUUCUUAAAGAUAGGAUGUUGGGAGCAGAUCUUACCCUGGAAGGCAAGGUGUUCCAAAGGGUGGAAGGAUCUUGACGGAGUUUUUUGACCAAUGGGAUCCACAAUAGGGCCUCUGCCAGUCCGAGUAGGAUGGGCUAAUCUUAGUGGGAUGAGAUGGUUCAUGUAGCCUGGACCCAUGCCAUUAAGGGCUUUAAAGGUCAUAACCAACACCUUGAACUGCACUCAGAAGCAGACUGGUAGCCAAUGAAGUUUGUGGAAUAUGAUCCUUCAUUGGGGCUCCAAAGAUUGCUUGCACUGGUUGAAACUUCCGAAUGGAUUUCAAAGUACCGUAUUUUCCGGCGUAUAAGACGACUCGGCGUAUAAGACGACCCCCGACUUUGGAGAAGAUUUGCAUGGUUAGAAAGUCGUCUUAUAUGCCGGAGAAUACGGUAUUUUCUAACGUAUAAGACGACUUGGCGUAUAAGAUGACCCCCGACUUUGGAGAAGAUUUGCAUGGUUUAGAAGGUCGUCUUAUACGUCGGAAAAUACGGUAAUUGUUAUUCAGGCAAGACUAGAUGAUAAACCUCAGCAGCCCUCUUUCUGUUCCUAUUCAUUAUCCACCAUCGUGUAAUAGCAUUUCCAAUCUUUUGGGUCCAGUUGGUUAAUUCAGAGCAUUGAGAACAACAAAAUUCACAAGAUCAUUGAACUGUAGGAAUUGGAUAGGAACAUGUAGAUCCUUUAAUUCAAUUCCAUACCCUGUAUAGCAGUGGUUCUCAACCUGUGGGUCCGGACCCCAUUUGGGGUCGAACGACCAUUUCACGGGGGUCGCCAAACAACGCAGUCCGCCAUUUUUUUCCCCUUUUCCUUAGCUGUGCUACUC